UUUUUUUUUUUUUUGGUUCGUUCACAUGAUUACACGUAAGAGCUGAUUUGGCAGAGGGGACGUGCAUGAAUGGCCAAAGAAGAACCCAUUAGAUGUUGGUGCUCACCCUGAAAAAGCUGAGCUUGAUUUCCAAAGUGGUCCAACCAUGUCGGUCAUAACUGCACCGCAGGCAGCAAUACAAUUAGAGCCAGAGCGCAUUUGUGAAGCAUCAAGACAAGACGAGUGCUUCCCGCACCAACUGUCGGAGCCCUGCAACGGCGGAAGAAGGAGAGGACAAUUGAGGAGCGAGAAAAUGGGAUCUACGCCAGACAAGCAAGCAAUGAGCCCCAUCGGCAAGUUCCAGGCGAGCUCGGUGUGGUUUUGGAAGCUCCUUCCUCACGUCAUGCUGUGCGUGUCUCUGGUCGGCUAUGCGGCGCUGGGCGCACUUUUGUUCCAAUACAUUGAAGGGAGAGCACCCCGUUCCAAACAGGAAUACCAUGGCUUCUUGGGACACAUUAUUCGGCAUGUCCAGAAUCUCACCAAUAACUCAUCGUACACCCACCAAAACAUAGUGGACGAAGUGGAGCAUAAAAUGAGCGAUGGCUUUAAGACCAUAUGGCUCCAACAACCUGACAGCUGGACCUUCUUUGGGUCCAUGUUCUUCGUGUGCACAGUCUUCACGACUGUUGGGUAUGGGGCCAUCUAUCCAGUCACCCUACCUGGUAAGGUGUCGUGUGUCUUGUACGCUAUGGUGGGCAUUCCGCUCAUGCUUUUAGUCAUGCUUGAUAUUGGAGAUUUCCUUGCUAAGCUGCUGACCAAAGCAUAUGUUCAUGCUCACGCCUUUUUCAAAGUCCUGCACUCACACAGUUGGUCCAAGCUCAGGACUCACAAGAAAGCAAGGAAGUCGAACCAUCGGACAUUGGAGGAUGGUACCACUGUUUUCAGCCAUGAUAUUGCGCUUCACGAACGACUCACCAUCCGGAAAGCGUUGCAAAGUCAUGUGAAUGUGAAGUCCAAUUCAAUGCAGUUCCAAAAAAAUCGAGAAAUCUUUGAGAAGAUUCUUGUCAAAGAGAAGCUCCAGCGAAAGGGACCCCUGCUCAGGAGCCUAUCCUGCCCAGAACUGAAUCGAAUGGCGCCAUUGUCCAAAGGAUUGGCCAUUUGGGACUUGACAGAAAUAGGAGAUACGAUGGAAACGCUAAAUGUACCAUUUAUGCUUAUUCUUUUCAUCGUGUUUACUUACAUUUUUCUUGGAGGUUUGAUUCUGCCAGUGUGGGAGACAGAAAUGAAGGGAUUUGACCCUUACUACUUCUGUUUUAUUACACUCACCACUAUUGGUUUUGGAGACAUUGUCCCUCAUCAUCCCAAUUUUUUCAUGCUUACUUCACUCUUCACUAUUUCUGGCAUGGCCAUCAUGUCCAUGGCAUUUAAACUGAGCCAGACACGGCUUGUAAACUUCUACCGCCACUGCAUUAAGUCAAUAAGCAUUGGAAACAGUAAUGAAGAUAAGAACUACGUCGCAAGGGUUCGCUGAUGUUUAAAUGGAUCACAAUAUCUGGAAGUACCAGAGUCUGCUUUCGGAUGCCAAUUUAUUUAGAAGCAUGAGCAAAGUGACCCCCCGCCCCCUCCGAAAAGUAUGCAUGUAUCACGUUGGGGCAUACAGCAAGUACGCAAUGUGAUAUUCAAGUACCUCUUGAUACAGUAUCUGACAUGUUUUGUGUGUUUGCCUGCCGGUGAUGAGGUUCUGUUUCUACAAUCCUUUUGGCGGGCUGGUGGGCUGAGCUUUCUUGAAGCAACUGGUAGCAUUUGCCUCGUAUGGUAUUUAGAUGUGUGCCUUACUGGCUGCGUUGCUUGUUGCUAUAGCUCUUGUUUAGUCUUGCUCGUUACUUGUUGGAUCUCAUCUCAUCAUACUUAUACUUUGCUUUUGGUAUUAGUAUGCACCUGUGUGAUUUUUCAGUGUCAUGUCGGUAAGAGUUCAUUUUUUUUUUUUAUUUAAGCCUGUACCUUCCGCCCACUGCAGCUCCAUCCACUUUUGUUUUGUACUUGCAAUUAUUUUUUUACCAUCAUUGUUUUUCAUUUUCGUUACUUAGAUUGUUCUGCUUUUCACUCUUUUGGUUCAAUACAACCCAUGUAAUUGUUGCCCCUUUGUGUCUGCAGUGAUCUAUCCUUUGAUCAUUUGCCAAUUCUAACAAUACUCCAGCCAAUGACCUCACAAAUGCUAAACAAUUACAUAAGGAUAUCUCUAGCUCACGAGUCAAUGCAACCCCUCGAUUCACAAAUUCAUGGAUGCUGCAACUUUGUUGGAUUUGCAAGUUGAGGCUAUAAGCUAUGGCAAUAAGCAACUGCUGUCCAGGUAUUCUUCCUUGCCCACGUUUAUUGUGGAAGUGUGGCAGUUUUUGAUCACCCAAAUAAACGCAAAUAAUUAAUCAGCUUCUUGAGUUUUCACCAGAGAAGCCUUCAGUAGCUGAAUGCUCCAGUUUGUUCGUUUGAUAACAGCUCUUUGGAGCAACUUUCAGCCAGGAUUAAAUCCAGAAAUAAAAGUUGAACUGAU